ACAUGUUACGAAAUGGAACGGUACCUAAAAGAUGAGCCAAAGCUUCAGUCGUACAAAAAACUACCGACGGAAUUAGAUUCGUGGAAUAUAAUAGGUCCACCGGGCGUUAUGGCAACGAGUUGGGAAGUAACAAAAGUCGAAGUCGUGGAUCCAUUGUUACAAUUGGACGAAUUACGUUUGAAAGAUAAAAAUGUAGAUAAUGUUGUUAGUAGUAGUGGUAUGGGUUCGGGAAGCAGCGGGUGUAGUCGUAUUUCGUGGGACACUUCCCUUAGUUGUGCCGUAGUCGUUAAACAAGAGCCGACGGAUCGCGACGAAGAUGAAGAAUACGAGGAUCUUUUCGAAACGACACACAUAAAUGUUAAAACCGAACCCGGGGAAGGACAGACGAUGUUGACUCCUCCGUCAGCCCUGAAAGUGGUCAGCACAGCAGUAGCAGUAGCAGUAGUCAAGAUUUAA